AUGGCAACACUGAAAGCUGAUCCAAGCGCACCGACCGCAGCCCCUCCCCCUCCCCCUCCUAACGAAAUGCCUCGACCGCCACCACAGUCGCAAUCGAUACCGAAAACGCAAGCGAGAACAGCGGAGUCAAAUGCCAGAGAUUAUUAUGGCUACUUAUUCAACAAAGACAAAUCACCAACUCCCGUACUCGAUGCGCUAUUACGCGCUAUUGCUCGACAUAUUUCCGACAAUAUCGGCGACAGAAGCGUCGCUUCAUUGAAUCCGAAGAAACUCGCCACUUUCUAUCGUACUGUUGGUGGUGAUUAUGAUUCACUCUUCAUCGCUUGUCCCAAUAAGUCCAUAUCUUAUAUAUGGCAAGCUUUGGGAGUUCAACAUACCCUACAACCGACCGAGAAUCCCUACGAAGCACCAUCAAUUCCGGCCUUGACCUUGAGAGGUUUCGUACGAUGGGAAGCAAUCCAGCUUCUACUCGAACCUCAAGAACAUGUACCGUUUAUACAGUAUGCUGUUCGUCAUUGGGGAUUGGUAAAUCCCGAUACCGGGAAACCUUUUCCUGUUGACCUGCCGAGAGAGGCAUUCCCGGCCGAGAGUGACUCCGCGAUAGAUGCUUGGCAUAAGGAAUGCGCCCGGAGGUUACGAGACGAGGCUACUCCCCAAGAUGAAACCCCGCCUAGACGCCCUGCUUCCGAUCCUCGAAUUCAUCACACAUUCGCACAUGUGCGCAACCCGCAAACUACCGGUGCCGUGCCCCGAUCAAGACCGGAAAUGGAUUAUUUCCAGCGACAACGACCGGUCGCAUAUACUCAUGUAUCAGGUACCAAUUACGCCGGCACUUAUUUUGCUUAUCCUACAACACCGCGUCGAAAAAUGAGCCGAAGUAGCGGCAACAAUAGCAGCAGUAGCACUUCUCCGGGUAGUCCGCCUCGGCGCCGAAGUCGUUCGGAUGCCCGCCGUGCUGAGAUGGAGGAACCCCGAGUUCCCAACCACCUCGACCCUCACACUGCACAAGUACCACGCCGCUCUAGUAAGACGCGGAGAUACUCCGUCUCACCAUCUGAUUCCAAUUCAGAUGUGUCUCCUCGCCCAAGUUCGAAAACGCGAGCGCGCGGUCCUGUCCCGCCUCCUCCAUCAGUGCGACGUAUGCCUGUCGCGACACCUGUCGCGCCCGCAGCACCAACGCAUUCGCGUCGCAACGAAGUACGAUCCGAUGAUACACGUAGGAUGAGCUUGCCUGCUGAGAUCAAACAGAAAUUCACAUCCUUCAUUGGAGGAUCAUCCGAUCGGCAACGAAGUAGUUCGCGUGAGAAGCGUCACGUAUCAAAUGUGCCGCCGAACGUUCAUUUUCGAAGGGAGAAGCCUUCGCGUCUAAGCCGCAGUGCAUCUGGGGAGUCUUAUCCUAGCGACGAUGAUUCAAGUCCAGAGGUGGUGCCUAUAUAUUCCAGACGUGAGCGCGAACGUGAACGGGUCCGCGACCGAGCCAUCGAAAAGGAACGCGAGAGAGAACGUGAACGAGAAGAAGAAAUAGACAGACUAAGUCGCCAAGAUAGAGCCUAUCUACGACCAACAGUACCUAGAAGGGCGAGUAGUCAUACAGAUGCAGACCGAAGAACUAGAGAGUAUACAUGGGAACGAAGGGAUAGGGAUCGAUCUACGGAUAUAGAUCGAGAAGGUAGAAGGGUAAUGACAGCUGAUGAAAGGGAAUCCAGGGAUCGAAGGCGUUAUAAGGAACGAGGCCAAAGCCCUAUACUGACUGGGGUUAGCGGCAGAAGAUACCCCGGAGAACCGUCGUGGAAAUGAUUUAAUCAACUUGUUGAAAGUGUAAGAUUAGGUAAAACAAUUGGUUUGGGGUUUAGGGUAUUGGUACAGAUCGAUCGAUUGAUCCAAACUGCAAGCUGGGACUAUGCACACGGAUUGGAUAUGAUGGUGGGAACGAUAUUAACGACAACAACUUGUAUACAUAUGGGGGCAAAAUCUUUGCGAAAAUAAAAUAAAAUGGGAUCUGGGAAUAGUCGCUUGACUUCAAAA